AUUGAGAGCCGGAAGUUUAUAUUUUAGAGUAAAAAAAUGGAUGACAAUAUAACUCUAUAACAAUAAUGGAUUCACCUGAAAAACCCGAAAGAGUAUUUUCAACUUUAUCACGAGAACUCAAGUCAAUAGCGUUGAAUAACAUAAAUUAUUUUCAAAAUGGAAAACACAGUCACCAUGCAAAAUUUCAUCUGACAUUCAGUCUUCUUUACGAAUAUCUGGAUAUCGGCAUCGAACCAAGUUAUUUCGAACUUUGUAAACAUUUAACUUUGUGCAGCUAUGAUUUUUCUGAGUCUGUCAAAGGAAAUGGUUAUCGUAGCCUUUUAAAAGUAGUGACUAAGUGUUGCUUGCACUUGUUACAGCUGUGCAAAUAUAUUACUUCAGUCAGAGAUUCUAUUUUGUUUCGCAAGAAGCUCUACGCCAAAGAGCUUGAAAGCUAUGUUUCUGCUCUGGGUCAACUAAGAGGGGUAUUGUAUUAUUCUCUGAAACUAAUCAACUACUGCCAAGAGGGGGAACUGUUUGCAGAUGAGGACAGAUUAAACAAUACAGUAGCAGACCAGCUUGUACUUGAUGUUGAGACACUGUGCCAGGAACCUUUCUAUGGAAGGUGUCUUGGUUUCCAGUUUUGUGACUCCAUGUAUAAGCCUGUACAAGUGUUGGCUAUUGCCAUGGCCUCCUACUCUGAGGGAUAUUUGGAGACGUCACAGAUGAUGCAAGUGGCUUCUUCUGUUUUCAACAGUGGAAAGUACUUCCUGGAUCCUGAGCUCCGAGCACAACAGGUUGUCAAGGUCACAAGAACAGCAGACAUCAAGUUUUGCAAAGCAUUCUGGGGUUUUUCUGAAUCUCCGGUCAUGCGUCAACUGCCAAUGUUUGUUUGCCCCUCAGUUGAUGUGAAUGAAGUGAUAACACUAGGGCCAGACUCAUUUAAGCUCCCACUGGCUGAUGGCUCAGAUACAGUGGACAUCACACCUCCAUGUGCCCACACUGGUCCUGGCCAUGUUUAUGUCAGGCUCAUCUCUGCACAGUUAAGAGAUGGACAGCAUGCUUUCAGGAAAAGUUUAAAAGUCAUGUCCCCUCCUGCUGCCAAACCAAAAGCUGCUGGACUUGUUAUCCAUAUCCAUGGUGGUGGAUUUGUUGCUCAGUCAUCCAAAUCACAUGAAGUCUACUUGAGGGAGUGGGCAUGGACUGUGGACGUCCCCAUCCUCUCAGUGGAUUACUCUUUGGCUCCAGAAUACCCAUUCCCUAGAGCUCUAGAGGAAUGCUUCUACGCCUAUGCUUGGGCUGUGAGCAACUGUCAUCAACUUGGCUCAAGUGGAGAAAAAAUACUCAUAGUUGGUGACAGUGCUGGCGGGAAUCUGGCCAUUGCCACUGCCAUGAGGGCCGCUUCCUUUGGCAUCAGAUCCCCUGACUCUGUGGUUUGUGUUUAUCCCUGCACUGUGGUUAGGUACACACCCUCACCUGCCAGGCUUCUGAGCCUUUUGGAUCCUAUCUUGCCUGUUGGACUAGUGUCUCGAUGUCUUGCUGCUUACGCUGGAGUAAAUGAGGAACACCCUCUGUCCACUCCCAAAAUGGAUGAUGUUCAUUCCCAGAAGAGCUUGACUCGCAUUCAGUUUGGAACAUAUGAGACCCAUGACAAUGACUGGCUCAUUGUGGAUGAAAAUAGAAGCCGUGAUGGCUUCCAUGACCCAGUCACUCCUUGCACUUCUGAAGCAGACACUCUCUCUGAAUUUUCCGAAAUCCAGAAAAGUACCCCGGGGCAGCCGAUGAAAAUGGGGUUUCAGAAGAGUGAAAGCAUGUUUAAUAUGAGAAGCGUUGAUGACAGUCUGCCCAGACAAGUCAGUGAUGUCAGACGGCAAAGUGACACCGAAAUAUUUUCUCAGCUGGUUAAUGAUGGAAGCUGCGUUUUCCCAGCUGGUUCAAAGGUUGGCAGCACAGUGCCACCUCACACAGCUCUUAAUCAAGGUUGUUCCCAGAAGGAUACAGUCAACUCUUUUAAUCUUGAUGGUCUUCAGCAGAGAGCUAAGCUUAUGAUGGAGAGUGCACACAGCUUGUUUAGCAGCUUGGCCUCAUUCAUGCCCACUUCGCAAAAUGUCUUGUCCAACUUCCCAAAGUUCCAGGCUAAAAAGUCUCGGAAGCACAUCAUUGCAACACACUCCUCCCCUGUAUCACUGCACUCAGAGCCCAGCUCUUCCAAUGAAAUAAGUAGUUUCAACAAUACAUCCCCUAGAGAAGAAAAUGAUCUAGAGAAAAAUGGACUCCAAAGAUCGAAAAGUUCUAUUGCUGUCACUUUUUCUAGCCAGCUGCCCAUGGCUAGUAGUGCCUCUGACUUAAACAUUUUAACUGAUAAGAACAACGAUGAGGUUGGCAUUAACAAUAGCAGUUUGCCAGCUGAGGAGAUGUUGACCUCAGCAGCCUCUUCAUCCUCAUUGGUUGACACGUCAGUGAGCUAUGCCACUGCACUGUCCACACCUUUCUCUCCUCUGGAACGUCGCAUUGGGGAGCUGGAUGAAGAAUGUGGAUGCCAACCACAAGAAGUAGUUAAUGAUAACACACACAAAAUUGAGACAGAGGUACUUGCAACCGCUGAUGGGUUAAAUGUAGAGGAAGAUGUACAAGGAGGUGAAGAGGAUCGAACAACUUCUUCCAUUGUGUCCAUCACAGGUCCACAUGUCAUUUUCACCACAUUACCACAGACUGAUGUCACAAAUAAGCCGCACUUAGAUUUCAAUAUAGAACAUUCUGACUUGGCAGUGUCAAGUACUGUUAUCACCUCAGAACCAUAUUCUAUACCUACCACAGAUUUACACUCAGACUCUAAUAUAGAACAUCAGAGUACUGUCCACACUGAACCACAGCCUACUCUCAUUACCAAGCCCCAUGCAUCUCUCCUCACAGAGCCUUGUACUAUUCCAAUGACAACACCAGUUUCUUCUUUCACUACAGAAUCACACCCAGUUCUCAUCACAGAACUGCAUCCUGUAUCUACCACCAAUCAACAUUCAGAACCAAAAGAAGGCUGUGAAAUCCAACAAACUAAAGACAUUGAAGCUCCUUGCUCCACUGUGGCUGAAGUCAGUGAUCAGUCCAAAGAAGAUAAAGCAUUCAUAUGUGCUGGUGGUCUUUCUAGUGGUGAGGUCACACCUGACAUGAUUGCUGACCUCCCAGAAGAAAAUAAACAGUUACUUAGAGAUGCCCUAGAGGGUUUGGACUCCUCACCUGUAGAAUGCUCUAUUCUGAAUGAACCAAAUGGAGAAAAUGUUAUACCAGAGCCGUCAUUUCCAUUAGAGAAGAUUCAAAGCCAAGGAGAAGCAGUUCCUUAUAAUGGGAUGGAACAAAUUGAUAACAUCUGUGAACAAUUGAACUGUUGUAGAGUAGAACCACCUGUGUGUUGUAUAGAGAGCCAAAUAAAUUUCACAUCAAACAGAGUUGUCAAUAGUGAGGGAGUAUACCCAUCUCAUAACAUUCUCAUGGACACAGAGGUUGACACCGAGAACUUAGACCAUCCUCAGGACAUGACAUCAGACAGAGAGGUCAGCAGAGAAGUAGAAGACAGCGACAGUGCCCAAGUAAACUCAGUUCCAAAAGCAUCACAAGGACAGCAACAAGUCAAACCGCCCAACACAUUAAAACUGAAGAGGUCUUUUAGACCUAAUAUUCUUUCAUCUGAAUCUCCAAUGGACCCACUCAGCACUGCUUCAGAAUCUUCUCUACCACAGCCUGCCAGCAGCUUAGAAGUUAGCUCAUCAGAACCCUCUCCUAAAAUUUUGAGAUGUGGCUCAGCACCAGUAUUGAAUUCAAAGAGUCACUCUGGUUCCUAUUUAGCUUCACCAGCCUACUUAUCAGAAACUCAGUUACCACAUUUUAUUAAGACAGAAAUGUCACCUUCAGAUUUUGACAAAAGAACUUUCGCAUGUCACAGUCCCCUCCACAAACUGCGUCAAGCUCCAGUGGUGAAGAAUCCGUACAUGUCUCCCUUGCUGGCCCCUGAUGACCUCUUGAAAGGACUGACAAGGGUUUGCAUUGUGGGCUGCCAUCUUGACCCCUUGCUAGAUGACUCUGUCAGCUUUGCUCGGCGCCUACGCAAACUGGAUGUUCCCGUUGAGCUUCACCUCAUUGAUGAUCUCCCUCAUGGCUUCCUCAACUUUGCCCUGUUCAGUUAUGAAGCCAAGAAAGCCUCGGACUACUGCGGGAAAAAAAUUGCUGAGUUGUUGCAAAGUACCUGUGUCUAAAGCAGAACUGCAAGCAAAUGUGAUUUAACAUAUUUCUACAAGGUGCAUAUCAUAAUUAUAUUUCAGCAUUAUGUAUUUUUUCUCAUCCAUAUUAGAAACAAAAAAUUACGCUUUCUAGUUCUUUCAAUGUCUUUCACUGCUUUGAAUAAUCGACUUUCUAGUUGAUGUUGUGUUGAUAUAAAUAACUUAAGAGCAAAACAUUAAAUUAUAUUUGUCCAUUGUAUACAUUUGUCUGUUCUAAACUUUCAUCCAUCGUAAACAUUGUAAGGGGCCCUGGUGGCAGAGUGGUAAAGCACUUGGCUGGAGCACAUCGAAUCUUACUGUCGAUUGGUAUUGGUAGAUCCCCCUUGAGUCCACCCAACUCUGAUGGGUACCUGACCUACAUUGGUGAAAGUAAAGUCAUUUGGUCGUUGUGCUGGCCACAUGACACCCUAGUUAACCAUCCGCCAUGAGCCUUACAUCAUCUGUUCAUAGAUCACAGGGUCUGAAAGGGGUACCUUUACCUGAUCUAAACAUUGUAAGCAGUUUUUUGUUUUUUUUUAACUGACAUGAAUGUAAGCAUAAUUUAUUUGAAUUUAAAAUUAAUAGAAUAAAUUAAUAUCAUGUUUAAACCUGAAUGCCAAAUGCCAAAAUUCACAUUGAAUUUAUUUCUUUGGUUAAAUAAAUUUUUUUAUCUUACUGAUGUAUGUUUAAUGUUGCAACAGCAUACAAAACAUUUUUCUCACCAUGGAUGCACUUUUUACCCUCAAAGUAGGAGGGAAGUGCUUUACAGAGCAAAUGUGCCAACAGGCAUUUGGAUAGUGCAGGAUGCUGAGUCGAAAUUGUCAUUCAGUUGGUUAAGAUCAUUUCUGAUGUAGCUAUAGAUCUACUUCAUAAAUGUACUGCUAAUAUUUCUAGUACCAACACUAAUGUCAAAAGAGAUUAGGCUGGCAUAUAUUAUUUCUUCUAAACUAGAGGUUGUAGAAUAUACUACGUAACAUGGACUAACAACUGAACUACUCAAAUAUUUAAGCUUACCCAUUUGUUCAGAAUAUUUUUUGUUUCUUUGCAUUGUGAUAACCCUUGGUGUGUUUUGUGUUUGUUGCAUCUUAUGGAGAGAAACUCUUGAGAUCAAAUGUGCUGAACAGUAAACAACAGAGAGGUCUACUUUAUAAAGAUCUAAAUUUAAUUUUCAUGUUUUUCCCAUACGCGUAAUGGUUACAGUAUAAUGGUACAUUUUAUGUUUUAAUCAUUUGAAUGAAAAUAGACUAUAAGUGUUUUUUUUUUGUUUUUUUUUUUUAUAUUUGUGCACACUGACAGCUAUCUCUCUUGCAUCAUUAUAUUUUUUUACAAAAAAAAAGUUAUUUAAAGGGGAAGCUUUAUUUCCGACAGCAAUCCUGUGUUCUGUUUUAUGUUUUAUCAAGACAAUAUUUAUUAUUUAUCAUGUUUAAAAUAGGUUGUCAUUUCUAUGUAUAUAUGUUACCACCUAGCAGGUAACCAGACAAUAAAUCAAGCUUAUAAAUUGCUUUAUUUAUCUAAGUUAACAGGUACUAAUAUACAGAUUACAUUACUUACAUGUUAACAAAAUAAAUGUGUAUUUUCCUAUUGCAGUAUUUGUAUUAUAGUUGUAAAUUCAUUAAGUACAUGAUGGAGCUGGAUAUUCAGAUGAUUGAACACUCAGUUGAUGUGAUUUCAGUCCAAUUCGAAGAUUUUGACUCUGCACAGUUUUUUACCCAUUUUUUAAAUACCUGGCCUCUUUUAAACUCAUGGAGGCUGAGUGCUUGGCUUCCGAACCAAGGGGUCCUGAGUCCAAAUCCCAAUGAAGACUUUGAUUUUGAGCUUCAGGUCUUCUAGAAAGUCCCAUGAAACCAAACAACUCUUAUCUGUUCGUUGUAUUGUGCUGGCCACAAGACACCAUUGACCAUCAGUCUAGACACAGAAAUAGAUGAGCUUUACAUCAUCAGACCCAAAGACCAGAAAGUCUUAAAGCAAACGUACUACUUUUAUUUAUUUUUUUUGGAGAAGAGGCUGAUGGUUGAGUACUAGAACACUCCCACUAACCAUUGGCCUCAUCAGCAGGUUCACAUAACAUUGCCCAAGGGACUUUUUGAUCUGCUAAGGAAGUUUAACUUGACUUUUACUUUCAUGUACAGAAGAGUUGAAUAGAAAUAGUAUUAAUAAUUUAGGAAGUACUAUUUGCAGAUAUUUCAUAUAUAUGUAAUUAUACUAUCUAAAUAAAUAGUUAAGAAUUAUGAAUUAAUAAUACAUUUUUUCCCCAUUUUAUUAUUUAUCUGGCUUUGAUAAGUAGCCAUUCCUUACACUGAACAUUUGAAAUUCGGGCUGAUGACUAGAUCUGAUUUCAUGAAAACAAAAUCACAAAUUCAAUUUGAUACUGAGAAAGAUAUACUUGUUCACAUCUUCUUAUGUGUCAAAACGUGAAGCUUAAUGCAAAAUGUUUACUUAACAUGGAUAAUUUUGUGUUUUGAAGUCUCUUAGCUUAUAUGAUUGGCUCACUCCUAAACUCUUUGUUAACAAAAUGUUCACACAAUGUUUUAAGGUUUUAAAGGCAUGAAUAGAAAGGAAGUGGACAUGAAUUUUGACUACCUGUGCGUGUAUACUGGUGCAUAUAUCAAUGUAAUGACAAUUAAAAAAAUAUUUAUUUUGC